ACAGGCUGUUGUGAAUCGGAGGCCAGCGGCCCCACAAUGCCAGGCGGGGGAGCCCCUCUCUCAGCGACACACCAGAGCAUCACCGCCUCGCCUCAAUGAAAAGGACAGAGAGAGGAGAGAAAUGCAAAGGGAUGUAAGAUGGCAGAGCUACAAAUGCUAUUAGAGGAGGAAAUCCCUGCCGGUAAAAGAGCGCUUGUGGAAAGCUACCAGAACCUGUCCAAGGUUGCGGAAUACUGUGAAAACAAUUAUGUUCAGGCUCAAGACAAGAAGAAGGCCCUGGAGGAGACCAAGGCCUACACCACCCAGUCUCUGGCCAGUGUGGCCUACCAGAUCAAUGCCUUAGCUAACAAUGUGCUGCAGCUGCUGGACAUCCAGGCCUCGCAACUGCGACGCAUGGAGUCCUCCAUCAACCACAUCUCCCAGACGGUGGAUAUCCACAAGGAGAAGGUGGCACGUCGAGAGAUCGGCAUCCUGACCACAAAUAAGAACACAGCCCGCACCCACAAGAUCAUUGCCCCGGGUAACAUGGAGCGGCCGGUGCGCUAUAUUCGAAAGCCCAUAGACUACACGCUGCUGGACGAUGUGGGACAUGGCGUCAAAUGGCUUAAGGCCAAGCAACAUGGGAACAAUGCAGCAGGACGAGGAGGGACACUUUCCAGGACCACCCCACCCACACAGAAACCCCCGAGCCCCCCCAUGGCUGGUCGUGGUACACUAGGGCGUAACACUCCCUACAAGACCCUGGAGCCAGUAAAGCCUCCAGUGGUGCCCAACGACUACAUGACGAGCCCCGCCAGACUGGGCAACCAGAACAGUCCUGCACGCACAGCCUCGCUCAACCAGAGGCCCAGGACCCACAGUGGCAGCAGUGGUGGCAGUGGGGGCAGGGAGAACAGUGGAAGCAGUUUAGUCGGUAUCCCUAUAGCAGUUCCCACCCCCUCCCCUCCCAGUAUGGGGCAAGUGGGGACAUCCUCGGCCUCAGUGCCUCAGGGACCCGGCCUGGGCCCCAUUCCAAUGUCCCAGUUCGGCACCAUCUCCCGCCAAAUUUCCCGCCACAACUCUUCCACCACCUCCUCGGCCUCCAUGGUGUCGGCCACCGGCACUUAUCGCCGUGCACCAUCCGUCUCCUCCCAGCAGCCCCACAUCAACGGGGGCCCCGCCUACCCUCAGAAUCCAGUGUCUGUGGCUCCUCCACCUCCUCCUCCCAUGGUGCAGCUGACCCCACAGAUCCCUCUGACCGGCUUUGUGGCCAGAAUGCAGGAGAGCAUAACAGACAGCCCCGCCCCGCCUCCUCCGCCUCCCCCAGAGGAUAUUGUGGGUGUGUUUGAAGAGCGCUCUCCCCCUCCUCCUCCCCCACCUGCGGACUAUGAGGACGAGGAUGCAGCGGUGGCUAAUUACAGCGACCCCUACGCUGACGGAGACCCUCACUGGGCCCCCAAGAUUUAUUUAGAGAAAGUUGUGGCCAUCUAUGACUACAGCAAGGACAAGGAGGAUGAGCUGUCCUUCAUGGAAGGGGCCAUCAUCUACAUAAUCAAGAAAAACGAUGACGGCUGGUACGAAGGCGUCGCUAACGGCGUCACCGGACUCUUCCCAGGAAACUACGUUGAGGCGAUCAUGCACUAUGCUGACUAAAAAAAAUACAACACAGUUUUGAAAGGAGGUUAAAAUGAACUUUAGAUGUACUGCACUUCAUACAGCCCCCAUUUUGAAUGAAGUGCCAUUGUGGAUUUUCAAAUGGUUUUCUUUUUGGGGGGUUUGUGCUUGCACGGUUUUGUUAUACUCCCAAAAAAAAAGAAGUGUCGCACAAUGAAGGAGCUAAAGCUUCGGACCAGGGUCUGUUAGUUUACACUGUUCAUGAAAGGGAGGAGAUUAAGGCCUUUCAGAUACCACUGUUAUAUCUGGUGGUCUGUAGCAGUUUAAAGGGGACAUAUCAUGCUCGUUUUCAAGUUCAUUCAUGUACUUUGGGUUUCUAGUAGAACAUGUUUACAUGCUUUAAUGUUCGAGAAACACAUUUUUUUCUUCGUACAGCCUGUGUAAAGAUACCUGAAUUCACCAUCUGUCCGGAACACCCCGUUUUGGCGCCUGUUUCUUUAAGCUUCCUUCCCGAAAAAGCCCAGUCUGCUCUGAUUGGCUUGCGGGAAAAUAUUGUAAUGGUAGUUCUCAAGCCAGUGUGGAUGGGGGUUGGUGUUUUCUAAUGAGCAUGAAUGUGAAAGUUAGUUGAUUGGCACUGAUAAAGCUUUACAUGAUAUGUCCCCUUUAGAAGUCACAUUUUGCCUCAAAAGAAAUUACAUGAUUUAAAAAAAUGGCAAGUUAAUUUAGAUUAAGUCUUAAUUUUCCGCCAACAUUUUCAGUAUUUAGAGUAUGCAGUCGAUCCAGACAGUGAAGUGUUGCUAGGAUUUCAUGAAUAGAUGAGGCAGUAUCGCAUUUUUAGGAUAAAAUGCCGCGCAUACUGUAUGCUCCUACCCCUUUAUUUGCACUGUAGACCAGCAGACCAACCCUUCCCUUCCUUAAAAAAACAUCCAUCUUACCUUAAAAAAAACACCCGAAAAAGGACAAACAGACAUCAACAAGUGCAUUAGGACACCACUGAAUGUUCAAUGCCGUCGAUGUCCGAAUCACAAGAUUUUUAAGGUGGAACAAAAGCAACCUCGUGUUGUGUACUUACUAUGCUCUGUGUCAAUGGGGAUGCUGUUAAAAACUGAGUGUAUAGAAUGCAUUACAAAAAAAAAGACAACAGUUUCUUGUUUCUGUUCUCUAACUUGUAUAUAAACUGUAACGUGAGAAGCUGCCAAUAACAGUACAUUUGUCACUUAGUGUGUUUUCACCUGUUUCCAUCCGUGCAGGUGAUGCCAAGAUUGGAUGCCAUUUACAUUUUUUAUUUAACUUGAAUAUAAAUUCUAUUCAUCACUCACAGUGCCAUUUUUUACUUUAUCGUGGCAAAGUGGCCGUGUAUAAACAGUUAUUUUUC